AUGAGGGUCUUGUAUUCCAUCCUUGGAGUCCUUGCUUUGCUGUCCAUAGUUCCUCAAGCCAGGAUCUUAUUUUUUAAACACACAUGCUCUUCAGACGUCUACAGCUGCAGAAUGAAGUGCAAUGCUGAUGAACAUGCAAUUAGAUACUGCUCUGACUGGACCAUCUGCUGCAAAAGGAAGAAAUAUCAACCUACGAAAAAAAAGUACUGGCAGGAAGAUCUGGGUGGCUCCGACAGUUAA